AUGGGAUCAUCACUGGAUCAAAAUAGUUACCUUAAUGGUUGCACAUCAUCUGAGGCAAGUAAUCAGAUUGAUGAGAUGGUUAAACGAGACAUUGUUGAUCAUUUUAGUAAAGAAAUGAGUAAAUUGAUUAAACGUAUUAGUGAUGCUGAUAGCCGAUCAAUAUCUUAUCUAUCAGAGUGUCGAUCACUUCGUGGACAAUUAGAGAUGGUUAAUCGUGAUCUUGAAAGUGCUAAGAAAAAGAUUAACGAAAAGGAUACAAUUAUUUUCAAUUAUAAAUCACAAUUAAGUGUAAUGAGUGAACAUCUCGCUGCUCUUAAUGAGAAAAUUGUCCAACAAAAAGAUGCUAUCGAUGAAUUGACUCACCAAUCAAAGUGA